AUGAAAAUCGUAGAAAAUAAUGAAGAUGACGAGAAAGAAAAAAUUAACAUUUUAGAAAAAUCGAAAAAAAAUGAAAAUAGUAUAAAUAAUUAUGAAAAACCAAUAAACCAAUUUAUGUUAACUCAGCUCCAAUGUUCCCAAAUCGAGAAAUUCCAAAACGAUCAUAAAAAUGAAGAAAAUGACAAUGAAAAUUGUAAUGCAUGUGGGUUUUGUGAAGACGUAUGUUUAUUAGAAUUUUGUAAAAAUUGUGAAAUAAAACGAAAAGAGCUAUAUAUUAAAUAUAAAAAAUAUGAUUUAAAAAUACAUCAAAGUAAAUUAAACCGCUCAAUUAUUUUGAGCGCAUUAACACAUAAAAAUAUUCUAACAAAUGAAUAUACCAAAAUGAAAGAAAUUCGAGAUUUAAGUAAGGCUAAUGAAAAUGAGCCCAAAUAUAAGAGCACAGAAAAGGCAGAAAAUGAAAAUGAAAAAAAUGAAGAAAAAAAAAAAAAAAAAUAUUAUAGUUAUAUAAAAUAUAAAAAAAAUUUCACAUUUUGUGAAAUAAAAAGGCAUUGUAGUAUAGACGAUUGUUGGGUUGUAGCAAACGGAAAUGUAUAUGAUGUAACAAAUUUUAUUGAAAACCAUCCAGGGGGAAUUAAUUGUAUAUUAAAUAAAGCGAGUAAUGAUGUAAGUAUUGACUUUUCUUUUCAUUCAAAAUAUGCUCAAACGGUUGUUUGGGAACCUUUGAAAAUCGGACGUGUUAUAUCUUGUUCAAAAGAUCUUGUCGACAAAAAAAGAACAAGCAAUUGUAUUUUCAUGUAA